AUCUCUUCUGGAUCAUAACCUAACUUCUGUCAUCAUUGACGAUAGUCGCACGUGUUUCUGUUUAUUCCCUCUCAUUCGGUGUGAAGUGAACAAGGAAACAUGUCGAUUCCAGAUAAAGUGUUGAUGAGAAAAAUAAAGAAGAGGGAGAAGAAUAAGUUGAAGCUGGUGCAGAAGAAAGAGGCCGAAAAAGUCGAGAAAGAAGCUGCAGCCACUGCCUCACCAGAGCCUGAAGAGAUUAAAUUAUUGACGAAGGAAGAUUUGAAGAAUGGCAAAAGGUUGAACGAGGAUGAAGCUGGACCAAAGAAAAAAAGGAAAAAAACGAAAAAGAAAGCAGAUUUAGAUUUAGAAAAGAAUAGUGAUGAUGCAGAGAUUGCUGUAGAAGAAGAAAAUGAGGAUGUUGUAUCUACAGAGAAACCAGAGCAAUUGCCUGGUUCCUCAAUUGGUUUGGAAAUAUUGAGCAACAAUUUGUUUACAUCUCUAAAGGAUAAGGUGUGCGAGAAUACGUUGAGAGGUAUCGCGGAUAUGGGUUUCACUGCGAUGACUGAGAUCCAGUCACGUUCGAUUCCCCCGUUGCUGGAGGGCAGAGAUCUCGUGGGUGCUGCUAAAACCGGAUCCGGUAAAACGUUGGCUUUCCUCAUACCUGUCAUAGAGUUGGUCUACAAAAUUAAAUUCGCGCCUCGCAACGGAACUGGCGUUAUCAUCAUCUCUCCGACCAGAGAGUUAUCCAUGCAAACGUUUGGAGUACUUAAGGAGCUGAUGAAAUACCACGUGCACACAUACGGUUUGAUUAUGGGUGGCGCAAAUAGGCAGGCCGAAGCAGAGAAGCUGAACAAGGGUAUUAACAUCUUGGUGUCGACCCCGGGACGUUUGUUGGAUCAUCUGCAAAAUACUCCGGAUUUCCUGUACAAGAAUCUGCAGUGCUUGGUAAUUGAUGAGGCUGACAGAAUUUUAAACAUUGGUUUCGAAGAGGAGAUGAAGCAAAUCAUAAACUUGCUGCCGAAGAGGAGACAGACGAUGCUGUUCAGUGCCACGCAAAGCGAGAAAACUGAAAUGCUGACAUCGCUCGCGCUCAAGAAGGAGCCGGUUUACGUGGGCGUCGACGAUAACAAGGAAAUGGCUACAGUUUCCGGUCUCGAGCAGGGCUACAUCGUGUGUCCUGUGGACAAACGGCUGCUGGUACUCUUCACUUUCCUGAAGAAGAACCGCAGGAAGAAGGUGAUGGUGUUCUUCAGUUCCUGCAUGUCCGUCAAGUUCCAUCACGAGCUGUUCAAUUACAUCGAUCUGCCGGUGAUGUCCAUCCACGGCAGGCAGAAGCAGAUGAAACGUACGACGACGUUCUUCCAGUUCUGCAACGCCGAAAGCGGCAUCCUGCUCUGCACGGACGUGGCGGCCAGAGGUUUGGAUAUCCCGGCCGUCAACUGGAUCGUGCAGUACGAUCCUCCAGAUGAUCCGAAGGAGUACAUCCACAGGGUGGGAAGAACGGCGCGCGGAGAAGGCAGCAGCGGUCACGCCUUGCUGAUCCUCAGUCCACCGGAGCUGGGAUUCCUCAAGUACCUGAAGCAGGCGAAGGUGCCGCUGAACGAAUUCGAGUUCUCCUGGUCGAAGAUCGCCGAUAUUCAAUUGCAGCUGGAGAAGCUGAUCGGACAGAACUACUUCCUCAACAUGUCUGCGAAGGAGGCGUUCAAGGCUUACGUCCGUGCGUACGAUUCCCAUUCUCUGAAGACCAUCUUUGACAUCAGCACUCUGGACUUUGCCAAGUUGGCAGUGUCUUUCGGUUUCAAGACACCUCCGGCAGUCGAUUUGAAAGUGAAUGCGAAGAAAUCAGAGAACGCCACGAAGAGGGCGGGAUUCGGACAGUACAGGAACGACAAGAGCACGGACUCGAAGAAACGUAACAUUUUCAGACAACCCCAAAGGAAGAGGGGCGAACGGAGCGGAGGCGACGGAAGGCAAUUCUCGCGAUGAUUACAUAUAACAAUUACAAACAACUUUUGUACCCGUGCCCCUUCCAAUAUUAUUUUUUUUCUUUUUAGAGUUAUUUAA